AUGGAUCUUGAUGAAUGGGAAUCAGUCUCUGAUGAUGGCUACUUUGAGAUGGAAUAUUUGUAUCCAUCACCACCAAGAAAACAAAACCAACUUGUGCCUUUACAAAUUCCCUUGGAACUCAAAAUUGGUAACACAUCAAAGGAUGUUUUGUUGAAAGACAUGACAAAGAAUCAAUCUUUUGAAGAUAAUCAAGAAGAAAAUGUGUCACAAGUUUUCUUUAAGAUAAAGGAAAAUGAACUUGUUGACAUGAAAAUAGAGUCACCAAAGUCAUGUAGUAGCAAAGAGAUUGUUACUUCACCAAGAAUGAUUAUUGAGAAAGAUGUGUUUGGUGAUGAGAAAGAGGAUUCAAGUUGGGAAGAAGAGAACAAUAGUGGUUUUAGUAUAUGGAAAUGGAGUCUUAGUGGUGUUGGUGCUAUUUGUACUUUUGGUUUUGUUGCUGCUUCUAUUUGUGUUGUGUAUUUUGGAAGUCAACAAAGGAAGAAACUUCAACAAGACAAGAAGAUUAUGUUCCAAAUCUAUACUGAUGACAAGAGGAUUAAGCAAGUGGUGCAACAUGCAACAAAAUUGAAUGAAGCAAUUUCUGCAGCAAGAGGAGUUCCUAUAACAAGAGCUCACAUAACAGUUGGUGGCAACUAUGAUGUUUUUGAUUGA